AUGUCUGCAACGCAGGGUGCUACUCGUGCUACUGCGUUGCUUGCCAGCCUCAAAAACAGAAGACAGGUAGAUGUACCUCCUGACAGACGGAAUGCUGCGGGAGAGUUGCUCGAGAAGACCGCGCACUUUUUGGAGGCAAGGGAGACAAGCAACCCUCAAGAUGCGACGCACCAGGUGCUAAAGGAAUUCUCGGAUUGGUGGUGUGGUGGCCAGAAGAACACCAAAAAACUUGCCAUCGCAGAGACCGGCACGCUGGAGGUUCUGUACGAGCAUAUCGCCAAGAUGUUCGAGCUGGAUGCCCCCCUUACUCUAGGAGAGAGGCGGACUGAGCAGUUCAGUUUCUUCCAGGACAUUGAAAUCCGUGGCAGCAAGGACAAUAAGAUCGACUACAGGGACAUUGCUGGCCCAGACAGUGCCUUUCUCCACCUGCUAGGACGCAUCAUGGCAGAGCUUUACCCGAAGCAGCAGUUGCAGGUCAUCGUCCUGGAUGCUUCGGGACACAGCAACAAACUCGGCGUGGAACAGACAGCAGUGCGCCUGGUGUGGCAACUUACGUCUGGCUCGAGUGGCGGGCAGAACAUUGUUGUCACUUCGGAGAUUGCCUUUCGCAUCGUCGACUACAUGGUGCUGAAAGCCAACGAGUCGACAGACCAGAACAUCAAGGAAAUCCACCGAAGAGCAUCUACACUUUCGAAUGUAAACACAUGGAAGAACAUGUUCGUCAGCGACGACAAUUACGGCGGCAAGAGGUCCACCAUCCGGAUGACCUUGAACGACGAGGUCUGCGACCCUCCGAUGCUGAGGCCAGAGAAGCGGCCUCUUAAGCCUGUCUUCAUCCAUCGAUUCUCCAGGGAAGAGAAUGCGCAGGAUUUGAAGAUGGAGCAGGUCUGGUCCUGCGAUGAAGGCCAACUGGGCUCGGCGGAGUAUGCAAAGUUUGUGGAGAGGACGGCCAUUCGUCAGGCAACCGGUCAUUAUGUAGUGACCACCGGGGCCAUGUCGGACUGUGCUUUAGGCGUCGUCCAAGAUUCAGAGGAUCCACGAUACUGCUGGGUGCCAACUGAUAUCCAGCGAUGCAGUGACUUGGUGGAUGGCAGCCAGUGGAUCUCAGCGCUUGAGCAGCAUCUCAAGGCAGAGCCAAAGCCAAGCAGGCAGCUGAGAAUGACUGUCAGCGAGGGAGACGCUCCACAGUUCUGGGCAUCGGCUGCACACACGCUCCGUGCUCGAAAUGAUGCCUUGCGCAAGAUGCAGCCUCCGGCAAGGAAGGUGAGACUGCUGACGCAGCAUGAGGUGCUGUUCUGGUUCAAUGUCGGGCCCGGCGUGCAGAAGAGAGAUCGAGUCUAUGUUACGGAAUCCACAUGCCCCCAUCAGGGUGUCUGCUUACUGGCCGGAGAGCUUAAGGACGUUGAAGACAUCGUUAAUGAGGAGACAGUUCCGAUGGUGCGCUGCCCUCGCCACAACAAAACCUUUGAUCUCAGGACGGGCGAAUCCCCGGGCAACUGUGAACGACUUCGCGUAUUCCCCUGCAAAUUCCAUCAGGGCCGGUACUACGUCCAAGUGCCCGUGGCUGAAACCAGCGGAACGUUGCAGGCUUUCGCGAACGAGCCCUGCGUGAUGCAAGAUGACGAUGUCGACAUGACUGAGGGAUUAUGCCUGGCGAGAGAAAGGUCUGAAAUCUUUACGUGCACACCAACAACAGACUGGGUGGCUCCAUCGUACAAGGGUGAGACGCGGUCAGUGCAGCGCUUCCAGGACACCAGCACUGCUCCAGCUCGUCAAGGUGCACAAAUCAAGUUUCGAUCGGUGGCUGGUAGCCCCGACUAUGGCGAGAAGAAGCCUAGCAGAGGCCCUGGUCCAGGUCGGACUGAGGAGCCAAUGAAGAACUUGGAGCGCUCGUAUCCUGGAGACAUGCAGGAGUUCAAGUCCGAGAUCGAGAGGUCACUAGCUGGGCAGGAUGGGACCACUGAGGUUGACUAUGAGAAGGAGACAGUGACUUGGUCCAGCACCAAGGGUGCCACGAUCGUGUUCAGGCACGCGAACCACAAGGUGCACAUCACUGCGAAGGAAGGUCUAUGCCGAGUUUACCUGAAUGCCUGCACAUUUUUGCAAGCGGCGAGCCAAGGCUCGACAGAUUCAGCGAUGGAGCGGGGCUCUACCCGGGCCGCCACCAGCAUUCGCCUCGGAGGUACUAAUGGUUACGCCAGUUCCAGGGCGCCCAGCCAAGUCUAUGCUCCUCCUGGAGCUCGCAGUGCAGCUGGCUUCUCGAAACCAAUGAGUUUGGCCGGUGGCAACAGCACUGUACCCGGGCGAUCUGCCACGGCGAAAAGCGCUGACAAGCCGAAGGUCCCUUAUACUCGCGUGGUCUCCAUCGACUUCGUCGGAGAGACGUCAGGUGAGAUGGAUCUCAAGAUUGGCGACAUGAUUGAGGUGGUCGAGGUGUUCGGAAUGCGAGUCCGAAGGCCUCUGCACUUCCACGCAAAGAAGUUCCUUGUGAAGGAACGGAUCCGAUCGUACGGGACCUUCUUCAUCGGGGUACAAGACCGCUGCAUGUACUCGCACACCUUCCACUUCAGUGGCAGCGAGCCAUUCACCACAGGCUGUACGGCUGUGGUCCAGGUCAAAGUUUUCGGGAGGUCCUUGGGCGAAGGCGACGUUUUAAUGGACAUAAGCGUCGGCCAGCAGUUACUGCGCGAGAUCAUGGUGCACUACGAUCAUAAGAACCUCGAUGAGCUGGAGGAGUUUCAAACGCCUUCGCGUCGAAACACGACGGUGGAAGUCAUGGCAGAGGCCGUCCACAAGCGCUUUGUCUCCGGGCUGAAGCAACAUUUGGCGGAGGAACUUGCCCGGGGUAAAACCCUCGGCUCCAUCUCCAAAGUUGAGGUGGUGGUCAAGGAAAGCGAUGUUGCAUUUGCCGGCUUCGGGGAAGAACUGAAUGCCACCAGCUUGUCGGAAUGA